AUGUUCGGCAGUGCUCACAACGACAAAAACCAGCGUCACAGCAGCACUGGUCAGCCCCACCAUGGACAUGCGCUCCACCAAGAGGAACUGCUGUUUCUGCAGCAGCAGCAGCAGCAGCAGCAGCAGCAGCCUCUUCUGAUGGCGACGGGACCUCGCUCGGGCACCAUGUCUUCGCCCGACUCUGAGCACUCACACUACCAGUUCUCGGAAGAACACACGCCGCAAGAGCGAGGGCGUUCACCAGCGCAGCAAGAGCUGCGGCGGGAGCAGGAACUGCAUCGCCCAGUGAACGGGAAUGUGCCAUUACAGCAACAACAGGACCAGCUGCAACACUUAUUGCAGCAGGACCUGCAGCAUCUCCUGAUACAUGCUGGCAUUUUGCCGCCUGACACCACCACGCUUGCACAAGCGCGAGCGCGCCUGCAACGGGAUCCAGAGCAGACCCUCGACCAGUUUAAACCAGGCCACGGGGUGCGUUUCUUCUGCGACAAAGUGCUCAGUCGUGAGCUCCAGAGUUGGCAGCUCCCAGCCAUCCACCGCCUUCUCGACAAGUGUGCGGGCGACCGGUUGAGGGAGGAGCGCAAGAAAUCAUCAACAGCCAGGUCCGAAAGAAAGAAAAGGGCCGAGCGCGACGCAGAAGUGGCCGCGCUGAAAGCGCAAGUGGCACAGCUAAGGACGCAGCUGCAGCAGAAAGACAGCGAGCUCGCAACCCUCAAGACAGAGGAGAUUAUGCUGCAGGUCAAACCUCAGCUGUCGGCCCUGUUCAACACAGACGUCGGUUGUCAGCAACCCGAACGUGGGCCCCACCACGAUGGCCACCAGUUCCACUUCCAAGACCAACCCCGAGACCAGGAUCAUCCACGCAGGGAUGACAACUACAACGACGGCCGUCAUUAUGAUGGCCAGUGGUCAUCGUGA